AUGGCACAAGCUUCAUCAGGCUUAACUCACGACGAGAUUUGGGACGAUUCUGCACUCAUCGAAUCCUGGAAUGAUGCCUUGGCCGAGUACAAGAAAUAUCAUAGCAUUCAUGCUAAGGGAGGAACUCUUGAGGAUUUAGAGCGUGCUGUUGAGGCUGGUACUGGUAGCGCUCCUAUCCCGGAAGAGACUCUGGAAGUAAAUGACGAGCAACAAUCAGAAUCCAAGGUUGAUGAAUCUGCUGGAACCGACAAAAGCGAACUCAAGCCUCAAGUGGCUGGAUUACCGGCACCUUCUCCCCAUGCCCUUCUCGGUACAGUGAAAGAUGAAAAUAUGAAGAGACUCCUAAUGUCUUGGUAUUACGCUGGAUACUACACUGGGCUCUACGAAGGCCAACAACAGGCCAAGUCUGGGAGCUAG